AUGGAAAGCAACACGACAGUCUCGGGCGAUAUCCUAGAGAUCCAGGGCUUUGACGUGUCUCCAGAGUUUGUGUAUCCUCUGUUUUUCCUCCUGCUGUUUGUAUACUUUUCAUUGCUCUUUUCUAACAUUGGAGUCCUUGUUCUCAUCAUCACUGAGAAGAGUUUGCACCAGCCAAUGUAUAUGCUGUUUUGCAACCUGUCUGUGAAUGAUCUCAUAGGUAACACAGUCCUACUGCCUCAGCUGAUGGCUCACAUCAUUUCAACAGAGCGGUUCAUCACCUACAACCAGUGUGCCGUUCAAGCCUUUUGCAGCCACACGUUCGGCUCAGCCUCUCAUAUCAUUCUCAUCAUUAUGGCAGUUGACAGAUAUGUGGCGAUAUGUCACCCCUUAAGGUACAGCUCAAUAAUGACCACCAAUACUGUGAUCGGGCUGUCAGUGUCUGCAUGGGGGAUGUCAUUCCUGCUCGUGUCUAUUCUGAUCGGUCUCACAGUGAGGCUGUCCCGCUGUAGGUCACUGAUACAAAACGCCUACUGUGAUAACGCAUCACUGUUCAAGCUCUCCUGCGACGAUGUGUCCAUCAACAAUAUCUAUGGGCUCUUUUUCACCGUGCUGCUGUUUAGUUGCUCAAUCGGAGGCAUAGCUGUCACCUACUUCCGGAUAGCUCUCAUCUGCUGGAUCAGGAAAAACAAAGAGCUGAACAACAGAGCGCUGCAAACAUGCGCGAGCCACCUCGUUCUUUAUCUCAUCAUGCUCUGGUCGGGGUUUUUAACAAUCAUAUUGCAUCGUUUCCCAGAUUACCCAGACUUGAGGAAGAUUGCAUACAUUUUAUUUCAUGUGGUCCCUGCUAAUUUAAAUCCUGUCAUUUAUGGAAUGCAAACAAGGUCAUUACGGGAUAAAAUCAUGCAAAUACUGCAAAGAAAAGUGAUUCCAUUAAGACAUGCUUAG